AUGUCGGUUAAAGAAGAACAAUUACAAGAAAUUGAAGCAAUUACUUCAAUCUAUCCCGAUGAAAUUACAGUACUAUCGGAGGAUCCUUAUCCUGAAUUCACACUCGAAAUAAAACCAACAACAGAUGAUGAAGAUGAAUUUAAACCUUAUCUUCAACUUCAAGUAAAAUUUCAUGCUAAUUAUCCAGAUCAAUCACCAGAAAUAACAAUUGCCGAUUCAGCUAAUAUUGAUGACAUAGCAUCGAUUGAAAGUGAGAUACAAAAAAUUUGUGAAGAGAAUUUAGGUAUGCCGGUUAUAUUUACAUUGGCUAGUCAUCUCUCUGAACAAUUAAGUGUUCAAGCUGAAACUCGACAAACACGUAUUCGCGAAAAUAUUGAACGAAAAAUACGUGAAGAAGAAGAAAUUGAACAAAAACGUUUCUUAGGUACAUGUGUUAGUGUUGAAACAUUUAUAACAUGGAAAGUUAAAUUUGAUGCUGAACAAGCUGAAUUAAAACAAAAAGUUAAAGUUGAUGAAACAGAAGCCAAAAAAUUAACUGGUCGACAAUUAUUCGAAAAAGAUCGUUCACUUUAUGAUUCCGAUAUUAAAUUUAUAUCCGGUGAAGGUGGUGAAGCUGUUGAAGUCGAUGAAUCUUUAUUCGAAGAUAUGCUUGAUUUAGAAUUAGAUGAAUCAGCUACGAUUGGCAUCGAUCUGUCCGAUGUUGAUCAAUAG